AUGGCUAGCGAAGAAUCGGCUCGUAGUCUUGGAUCCGACCAGGCCUCUUGGAAAAGCUAUUCCUCGAGAAUGACAGCAGGGAACACUGUGAAAGUCUACUAUUACAUAGGAGAUGGAUAUAGAGAUAUGUUUGUGGCCAUUGGGUUUCUUUUGGGAUCAAUUGCAGCUACUGCUGCUUUCGCAGCUUACAAUUAUGUAUCGCUUGCUCUUGGUUUUAUUAUUAUAUUUUUUAAGAUUUUUGUUGGCAUCGUAGCAUAUCUGGCUACUGCGAAAAAGAAUGGAAAAUUAAUGAUAUUUGUUGCUAUUUGUGCGGGGUUAGCAUCAGCUGCCACGGUUUAUAUUGCGGUAACAGCUUUUACCGAUUGGGCAGAGAAAGAUUUUGAUUUAAACUUUGUGCCCUAUGUUGCUCAAAUUAUGAUUGAUAUUGCAGUGUUCGUCCACGUCACAUACUUUGCAAUUAUAUUAUUAUAG